AAACACAAAUUUAUCUAUCUAUAUCUCUGGUCUCAAAAUGAAGACACCAAUAUUCCUUUUGGUUCUCUCCAUUUCUUUCCUUCCGCUGGCCAUCACCGGCCUUCCUCCACUCAUCCGCCUCCCCACAAAGGGCGACGUAACCAACACCAUCUUAGACACGGCCGGCAACCCAGUGGUCGCCGGAGCCAAAUACUACGCCAUCCCAGCCCUCAUCGGCGUGGAAGGCGGCAUAAGCGUAACUAACCUCAACUCAACAACAAACCCCUCCGCCUGCCCCACCGACGUAGUAAUAAACGAGACAAUAGCCGGCAACCAACCUCCCGCCGUGGCUGUUCCUCUAACUUUCUACCCUCUAAUCGACGAGGCCGAGGCCUCACGCGCUGCCGCCGACACCGCUGACGUCAUCACACAGCAGUACCCGCUGAACGUGGCGUUCGACUGGGCGGACCCGUCGGAUCCCUGCGCUAAGGAGAAUGUUUGGAAGCUUAAUCUGCAGGGGAAAAUAGUGACCGGUGGCGUUAUAGGCGAGGUGGAUAAGGAUAAUUAUCUUGCCAACUGGUUUAGGAUUCAGGAGAAUUUUGAUGGGAGAGGGUACGUUUUCAACUGGUGGCCAAGCCUUUGCCUUUUCUGCAAGAUUGGUUACUCUUUUAUUGGCACGGUCGGCGAUGGAUAUCAGCUUGGAAUCGACCACAUGGGCGAAUCGCGAUAUGCUUUUGAAUUAGUAAAGGCUGAGUGAUCAAAGCCGUACGUUGAACCAUCAAAAAUCUUGCAUUGCAUGCAAUUUAUAUGUGUGUAUGUAUUAAUAAUUAACGUUUAAAUAAUGGCUUUGCUAGGCACAUGUAUGAUGUAUCCCAUAGUUGCGUGCAAUAUAAAUAUAUAAUAAAUAAAGUUUCUUUUUAUA